UAGACAUCGCCGUUGUAAUUAAGCCCCCCCGAGCCCUUAUCCCCGAAAUGCCUGAAGACAACCGCCAAACCAAGAACAUACUGAUCACGGGCGCAGGCGGCCUGCUCGGGCCCCUUCUGGCGGCCCGCCUGCUCUCGGACCCGCAGUACCGCGUGCUGCUGACCGACGUGGUCGAGCCCGCGGUGCCGCAGCGCGGCACCGCAGCAUCCUCCCCAUCCUCCCCCUACUACCCGGAGCACGCGACGACGGUGCGGGGCGACCUGACGAGCCCGGAGUUUGUCGGCGCGCUGGUGGCGCACCCGGCGGCCCAGCCGCGCCUGCACGCCGCCUUCCUCUUCCACGGCGUCAUGUCGGCCGCCGCCGAGGCCGACCCGGCCCUCUCGCUGCGCGUCAACUUCGACUCGGUCCGCCUGCUGGCCGACGCCCUCCGCGCCCGCCACCCGGGCGUCCGCGUCAUCUACGCUUCCUCCCUCGCCGUCUUUGGCCCGCCCUUCCCCACCACCACCACCACAACCACCACCACAACCACCACGGCGGCGACGGCGCCGACGACAGACGGUGGCGGCGACAACAGCGACAGCGGCAGCGGUAGCAACAGCGGAGACGGCGCCGUCCGGCGAGUCAAGGUGCCGCCGUCGGCGUGGCCGCCGACGCCGCAGAGCACGUACGGGGCGCACAAACUGAUGGCGGAGGUGUACCUGAACGAGGCGCACCGGCGCGGGUGGCUGGACGUGGUGAUCGCGCGGCUGCCGACGGUGAGCGUGCGGCCGGGGAAGCCGACGGGGGCGGCGUCGAGCUUCCUGAGCGACAUGAUCCGGGAGCCGAUGGCCGGGCGCGAGUGCGUGGUGCCGCUGCGGGACCGGUGCUUCCGCGCGUUCCUGGCGUCGCCCGCGACCGUGGUGGAGAACCUGGUCCGGGUGCUCUCGUGGGACGGCCGCCGGGCGCUGGCACUGCUGCCGCCGCACGCGAGGCAGGUGCUCUUCCCCGGCAUCGCGGUCAGCAUCCGGGAGCUGAGGGACGCGCUGGCGCGGCACGGCGGCGAGGACAAGCUGCGGCUCAUCCGGGAGGUGGAGGACGAGGGGCUGGAGAGGAUCCUGAGGAGCUGGGCCGAGGACUUUGACAUCGACGAGUCGCUACGCCUGGGAUUGGCGGUGGACGAGAGCGCGGAUGCGCUAGUGAGGCAGUACGUGGAAAGCCUGCGGGCUUGAUUAGUAGGUAACAGUGUAAGUACCUUGGUUACUACAGGCUGCUAAUUGGAUCAUCCGAGGUACUUGACUUGUUGGGUAGUAAGUCCAAUCGAAUAUUGAUACAGUCU